GCCAGUACUUGCGCACACGCCGUGUUGAGAAGGCGGUAAUAUUACCGAACGCUCUCACGAAACAGCUGCAGAUCUCUGUAUACCGUGUACAGUGAGUGAGAAACCGAAUCGUAUCCGGUGGAAAUUGAUAGGCGUAGGAAGAUAAUCAGAUUGUAUCCCGUUGGCUAGCAUUGUUUUUUUGUGAGUUUGAUGUGAUUCACGGUGAUAAGAAUCGAAAUCAGACCAGUGGAAUUUGAAGCCUUAUCAAUUUAGCAAGUGAUACAUUCGAAACGGUGCUAAAAAUAUACAAGUGAGCAAAGGUGAACAUUGUAAAUAGCAAACAUGAUUGAUAAUUUGGAGUCGAAAAUAACCUUCGAAAUUCCGACCCAUCUUGACUUUGACAAGCUGAUUCGAGGGAACAAUUAUUCUGUGUUCUGGCCCAGUUUACACUACCACCAGGACGCGGCGGUUCGAGUAGCUGGGAUGGGAUCGCUGGGUUCUGCCGGCGAGUCAUUGUUUGGUGAUUACAACACGAGUGAUUUCAACCUGUUGAGUAGUCUGCAGAGCUAUGCGAGUCGCAGCGGCCCUGCCAGGUUGGGUGAUGGCAGCGAACAGCUGCUGGAUCCGACCUACGAGCGAUUCAUUGGGGACGUUUGGGUCGGCAUUGUGCUCACACUAAUGAUUCUGUCGUCGAUAUUCUGCAUGUGUUCCUGUUUUCUGUAUCACAAAUUUCGACAGUGGCAAAGGAGUGUGUUAACUGCCCGGUCGCAAACGCUGUCUACCGUGGACGUAGAGACACCUCCUCCCUAUGACGUUGAAUCCCUACCGAGUUAUACGAUCGUGUCUGGUUUGCCCAGCUACAACGAUGCGAUAGAGCAGCUUAAGCAGAAACAGCAGCAGAAAUGUGCCGACUACGGGCCGGUCAAAGUUCACCGGCCGUCGGUUAUCAAACUGUUCGAGUCCCAGUCACAGGAUCUGAUGGGUGGGGCCAAGCUAGAAGAAAUCCGGUAUAAUUUUGCAAACAGCCGCUCGACCAGUUUGCUGGUAGGGGCCGAGAGUUUUGCCGAAGCUACGCCGACGACGAGCACCAGCUCCAAUCAGAUGACAGCAGUGGUGGUACCAAACUUUAAAGGCCAAAUUAUGACCGGAGGUGGCGACGACGUUAGUCCUAUGGGUUUGAAAAAGUUCAAUGUUUGUAGGUAUACAAUUGAAAACGAUCGUAGUAGUGGAAUGGGAAGCUGAAUCAAUAGUUAUUGCUAUGAAUAAGGGAGAUCUUACGUGAAACGAUGACUGUGUUAUUAAUAACUAAUUUAUUCAAUCAUAAAAGACAUUGUACAUAGUAAAUCUACACAAAGGUAAUACUAAGGCUGGUGAUAUUGUUGCUGUUGCCUCACACUAGUAUCGUUAGAAGGAAACUAUUUUGUGCGAGAUAUAGAGAGUGUGUACCAGUGAUGUUAACAAUAUUUCUUAACUUAAGCUAUCAAAAACUAGAAAUACAAUG